ACCUUCAGACAAGUUUUGGGUGCCAUGUUUGAUAUUUUUUUUAGAUAAACAUAAACACACAAGGACCAAAUAAAUAGUGUUUUGUGAAGAUGUUGCGUUCGCGGCCACGAGAAAAUAGUUUACAAAAGUACAAAUCACCACAGAAAGCAAAUCAUGCAAGAGAAGAAGUUGCAGAAUUAUGUAGGAUUUGUGAGGAAACUGAAGGCCUUGUCGACAUUUCCACUGAAGAGUUCAGCCAUCUGAAUGAAAAACUUCAUCAAUUUGCUAAUUUUGAGGACGCCAAUAGUUAUUUGCUGAACUUCAUUUGCGUUUCCUGCACAUCAAAGCUGGAAUAUGCGUUUGAUUUUAAGGUUCAAUGCGAAGAAACGUACCGAAAGCUAAUUGACCAAAUUGCAAAUAAAAGCCUAACUCACCCCAUUUUCACUACUUCCAAUGAAGUCCACCAAAUAGACUCAAGUUCAGAUGAGGGUGAGAAUGAUGGUUCAUACACGGAGGGAAGUGAUAUGGAAGAUAUGCUAGAAGGACUAAGAAAUCAGAAAAUCAUCAAAUAUCGAGAUUCUGAUUUUUCAAUCGCAGAGGAGGACAUAACCAAAGAUCUAACCGAACUACCUGAAGAACACGGCACUCCAAAGGAUUCCCUCGUUGUUGCUUCUGCAGUGGUGGAUGUGGAAUAUGGAAACUCAGACGAUGGACCACCAACGUACACGUGUAACAUCUGCGGGAAGGGCUUCAAGAGACAGUCCAAUUUGAGGAAUCACAUGGACGGUGUUCAUUACAAUCGAAAACGCUGGGAAUGCAAUGUUUGCGAUGCAAAAUUCACCCACUAUAUAUCACUAAAUCUUCACCGAAAGGUCCAUGAUGGCGAAACAUUUGCCUGUGACAUUUGCGGAAAGGAAUUCACGACAUUGGUUUAUAUGAAAGCCCAUCGAAAUACGCAUUCGGGACCAAUUGGAACGGUCAGUGAAACAUAUAAAUGCGAAAUGUGCAAUCACGAGUCUACCAAUAAGAGUCAACAUUUGAAACACAUGAGCCUUCACGAAACAGAUAGACCCCACAAGUGUGAACACUGCGGGAAAAGCUUCCUGCGCAAGCAGUAUCUCUACGAGCACUACAGGAUCCACACGGGUGAACGACCAUUUCCCUGCCAUAUCUGCAAUAAGCCUUUUCGCUACAGAACACAUCUUAGUCGACACCUCAAAACCCACACCGGAGAAAAGAUGUACAAAUGCCAAGAAUGCGAUAAAUCUUUCAUGCAGUCCGGUACCCUAAAAGCCCACAUGAAAGUACAUUUUCGAGAUGAAGAUGAAUUUCUUGACCUCAGUGACUAAAAUGGAAACACGCAGGUUUUUAUGUAACAAAUCUAUGAUUUUCAUAAUCAAAUAUUUAAUUUAAUAAGUUACUUUUUAGUUUAGAGAUGCACAAGUAUGUGCAGAGCAAAAAAAAGGAACCAUAUAUACUAAGAAAUUUGAAGUUAAUAAAUUGAUACAAAAUAUUAAAAA